AUGGCAGCAGCGCCAACUUCGUCGAGCAUAUCAAGCAAGGCGAGAUGUGAGACGACACACUUUCUGAGGAUGAGCUUCCCUGUCGAAAAUGUGUUAGGGGAAUCUGGAUAUGGCGAUGAUGGAUGA